CGCCCUCACCUCCACGCUCACACAUGGACCAACUUUCCUUCCUUCGUCUCCUUGACGUCUCUCUGAUAUCCUUCGGCAUCUGGCUCCUCAUGAAGGUUGCCCAGUCCACCCGCCGCCGGCUCGUCGCCACCAAGCUCAACGGCCCUCCCCGGGCCAACCUUCUCUUCGGUCAGGGGCAGGCCCUCGCCAGUUCAGACGAUGCAGGCUCGUUGUACGAAGACUGGGAGAAGACGUAUGGACCUGCGUUCUACGUGCCGUCUACGCUGGGAACUACGCGCAUUGCGCUUUGCGAUCCGCGCGCAGUCGCUCAUUUCUAUGCGAAGGAGAACUCGGUGUAUGUUCGACCGGAGUUUGCCAGAAUUCUGGUUGAGAAGCUUACCGGACGGAGUAUCAUAUGGGCUGAAGGAGAGGACCAUCGAAGGCAAAGGAAGGCAAUGACACCUGCGUUCAGCAACGUUUCGAUAAGUAACAUCACAAAGGUGUUCUACGAUUCGGCGUACAAAGCGAUAGAGUCAUGGUCGUCCGUGAUAGACGACGACUAUUCGGGCGCGGUGAUAGAGGUCCAGAGCUGGAUGAGUCGCAUCUCGCUAGACACCAUCGGCAUCGCCGGCUUCUCACACGACUUUGGCACGCUCGACGGAAGGCACUGCGCCGUCGCGGAUAUAUUCGAAAGGUUCACAUCGACAAAGCCCUCGUUGUUCUUCAAAUUCAGCUUGAUGAUAGGCCUCGUCUUCCCCUGGGUGAUGAAGCCGUCCUUUGGGCGCUCUAAGCUUACUCCUCUGCUGAACAACGCGCUGGGGGACGUGGCUAACCAUCUCAUCGGAGAUGCCCCGAGCAGCGAGGGAGACAGAUCUGUCCUUGGGCUACUUGUCAAGGCAGCGUCGCACGAGUCCAAGCUUAGCAUGGACCAGGAAGAGGUUCUGUCGCAGAUUAAGCUGCUCCUGGUCGCAGGAUAUGAAACCACCUCAAUCAGCCUUACAUGGGCCUUGAUCGAAAUCGCGCAGAACCAAGACUGUCAGCACAAGCUACGAACGGAGCUCUCUCGCUUCGUGACCACGGACCCGACAUACGAGGAACUCACAAAUGGGCUGCCCUACCUCAACGCAGUCGUCCUCGAGACUCUGCGCCUCCAUCCUCCAUUCCAUGACACGGUUCGCAUCGCAAGUAAAGACGACAUCAUCCCCCUGGGCACACCACUCACCGACGCCUCCGGCAAGCGCGCCGACCACAUCGCCGUAGCAAAAGGCACGGAGAUCGUCGUCUCCAUCCAGUACAUGAACCGCGCAGAGAAGUUCUGGGGGCCCGACGCGAAGGCGUUCAGCCCCGAGCGGUGGCUCGAGUCUGGCGGGCUGCGCGCCGGGGCACGCGAGAUUCAGGGACACAGGCAUCUGUUGACGUUCAUUGACGGUCCGCGUACGUGUCUUGGGAAGGCGUUUGCGCUCGCUGAGAUGAAGGCUGUGUUGAGUGUCCUCGUUAGGAAGUUCAAAUUUGAGCUAAGAGACGGGAAUGUGGCCGAUGUCGAGCUGGCGAGAGGUAUUCUACCUCGCCCGAAGAUCGUGGGUGAGAAAGGGGCGGAUGCGCCGUUGCGAGUGAGUCGUGUCGAGUGCUCCGAGUGA